AUGUCAGACUACGACAAAUAUGCAGAACAGUUGAGACAUCCUGAUAAUCCUAUCGUCUUCAUGGAAAUGACAGCAGGUGGAGCACCACUUGGCACAAUAGUGAUGGAAUUGUUUGCCGAUGUCACGCCACGGACCGCUGAAAAUUUUCGGCAGUUUUGUACUGGAGAAUUUCGCAAGGAUGGAGUUCCAGGUGAUGGGACUGGCAUGAUGAGCAUUUAUGGUGCCAAAUUCCGAGACGAGAAUUUCACUCUGGAACAUAGUGGACCUGGGAUUCUUUCCAUGGCAAAUGCAGGAACUGACACUAACGGAUGCCAAUUUUUCAUUACUUGCGCCAAAACGGACUUUUUAGAUAAGAAACACGUUGUUUUCGGAAGAGUUCUUGAUGGAUUGCUAACCGUGCGGAAGAUUGAGAACGUCCAAACCGGUGCCAAUAACAAACCCAAGAUUCCCAUACUUGUUGCACAAUUAGAUGGAGAGUGCUGGAACAUCAGAUUUCCAGUUCAAGGUAUGGUUCUUUCCUUUGUUUUCACUUCUUCUUGCGUUUUAACAUUAUGUACUCAGGUAGUUUUACUUGGAGAAGGAGCUGUUGGAAAGUCUUCUUUGAUCAUGCGAUAUGUGGAAAAUAAGUUUAACCCAAGGCAUCCAUCAACAAUCCAGGCAAGUUUUCAAUCAAAGGUACUUGUACUUGACGGUUGUCGCGUAACAUUAAACGUAUGGGAUACCGCCGGGCAGGAGAAGUACCAUGCUUUGGGACCUAUUUACUACAGGGGCAGCCAAGGAGCUCUUCUGAUCUUCGACAUUACCGACCAACGUUCUUUUGAAAGAGUGAAGGUCUGGAUAAAGGAGUUACAACGGGCUUUAGGGAAUUCCACCGUGCUGAUGAUUGUGGGAAACAAAUCGGAUCUAGCUCGAAACAGGACCGUCAGUAUGGAAGAAGCUCAGGAGUUGGUUUUUUCGGGCAAUACCUUGUUUCCAGAAAUGUUUGACAGGUAUGCAUCGUCUGUGGGAGCCAUGUACGAGGAAACAUCUGCGAAAGAGAAUGUCGGCAUUGAGAGCGCUUUCGAAAGAUUGUGCAAGGGUAAGUGA